AUGCCAUCCAUUAAGGUCAACACAGAUAGAGUCACCUACACUAAGGACACCCUUACCUCCAACUAUACUUAUGAGAACUCCAUUGUUACCAAAAGUAACGAUACUUUUGAAGUUAACAACGUUUCCACAGACUUAACAUUCAAGCUUGAUUUGAAAGUCCCAAAAAUUGGUGUCAUGCUUGUUGGUUUGGGUGGUAACAACGGUACCACAUUUGUUGCUGCAUCAUUGGCAAACAAACAUGGCAUUGAGUUUCAAACAAAGGAAGGUCCACUUAAAGCCAACUAUUUUGGUUCUGUUACCCAAUCAUCCACUAUCAAGUUAGGUAUCGAUGAGAAUGGUGAAGAUGUCUAUGUUCCAUUCAACUCGUUGGUUCCUAUGGUCAAUCCAAACGACUUUGUAAUCUCCGGUUGGGACAUUAGUAAGCUUAACUUGUAUGAAGGUAUGAAGAGAGCACAAGUCUUGGAGUACGAUUUAAGAGAACAACUGAAGACAUACAUGGAAAAGAUCCAACCAUUAAAGUCCGUCUAUUAUCCAGACUUUAUUGCAUUGAAUCAAGAUUCCAGAGCAGACAACUGUAUCAACAGAGAUGGUGAAAGUGGUGAAGUCAACACCAAGGACAAGUGGUCUCACGUUGAGGCAAUUAGAAAGGACAUUUCCAACUUCAAGAAGGACAAUGGUUUGGAUAGUGUCUUUGUUUUAUGGACUGCCAACACCGAACGUUAUUCUGAUUUGAUCAAAGGUGUCAAUGAUACCAGUGAGAAUCUGCUCAAAUCAAUCAAGGAGGGACACGAGGAAGUUUCUGCUAGUACUGUAUUUGCCGUUGCGUCCAUUUUAGAAGGAUGUCCAUACAUCAAUGGUUCUCCACAAAACACCUUUGUUCCAGGGGUUAUUGAUUUAGCAAUGAAGAAUGAUGUUUUCAUUGGUGGUGACGAUUUCAAGAGUGGCCAAACCAAGUUCAAGUCUGUCAUGGCACAGUACUUGGUCGAUGCGGGCAUCAAGAUUAGAUCCAUUGCAAGUUACAACCAUUUAGGUAAUAACGAUGGCUAUAAUCUAUCAUCGCCAAGACAAUUCAGAAGUAAGGAGAUCUCCAAAGCGUCUGUUGUUGACGAUGUCAUUGCCUCCAAUGACAUUUUAUACGGGAACGGCGAGAAGAUUGAUCAUUGUAUAGUCAUCAAGUAUUUACAAGCGGUUGGAGAUUCUAAAGUCGCAAUGGAUGAGUAUUACAGUGAAUUGAUGCUUGGAGGUCACAACAGAAUUUCAAUCCAUAAUAUCUGCGAGGAUUCAUUACUUGCCACGCCUUUGAUUAUCGAUUUACUGGUUAUGACUGAGUUCUUAACCCGUGUACGUGUCAGUAAGAAUGGCGGUAAAGAUGAAAAGAUGUAUGGAGUGUUGAGUUUCUUGAGUUAUUGGUUGAAGGCGCCAUUAACAAGAGAAAAUUACAAACCCGUCAAUGCCUUGAACAAGCAAAGAAUGGCAAUUGAUAAUUUCUUGAGAAUCUUGGUUGGGCUAAAGCCUUUGGAAGAACUGAGAUUUGAAGAGAGAUUAAAGUAA